ACGUUGGGAUAUUUCGGAUAAUAUCGUUGAAGUGAAGAAAAAAACUUGAAAAAUAUCUUCAAUAAUUUCAUUGUUUUCCUGUAUUUUGUUGAUUCUAUCAUGGUUCAGACUCUGUGAUAUUUAAACUUAGAAAUUGCGCUUUAUUUUGAAAUGUCUAACUACGAGCAGUUUUUAAAAUCGUCGCUAAACAAGUACAAAACCCCAGAUGUUACAAAGCGUGAUGUUCUUAGUGUCUUCACCACAUUCAGUGACUUGAGACCAAAGUUAGAUGACUUUGUGUUUAAUGAUGGUACAAGGAAAUCCUUAUUACAGUUAGAUGGAACUAUACCAGUUAAUUAUAAAGGGGCAGUGUAUAAUAUACCAAUAUGUAUAUGGAUUAUGGACACUCAUCCAUACAACCCCCCUAUGGUGUUUGUAAAACCAACACCCACAAUGCAGAUCAAGUCGGGCAGGAACGUAGAUAUGAACGGAAAAAUUGAUCUGCCUUAUCUUAGAGAAUGGAAAUAUCCAAAUUCAGACCUGAUUGGAAUGAUACAGAUAUUAACAAUAGUAUUUGGCGAGGAACCCCCUGUGUACUCGAGACAACAACAACAACAAGCGCCCCCUAUCCGCUACCCAAACCAAACACCAUACCCACCAGCUGGAAACAGUUCAUUCCCAAUGCCAAUGCCUGGAAUGGGUGGAACAAGUAACACACCCUAUCCAUCAAAUACCCCGUACCCAUCCUCAAAUGUUGGCUACCCACAAACUAGUAGCUACCCUGGACAAUAUGCAGGAUAUCAACCACCAACUACUGGUUUCCAAGGUUACCCUAACUAUUCAGGAGCACCAGCUUCAUCUGGGUACCCAGGAGCAAACAAUCCCCCUGCAUAUAGUCAAUCACAAGCUACAAAUUACCAAUCUACAUCUUCAACAGCAUCAAAUUACAGUGGAGGAGGUGGUACUAAUACAGUGACAGAGGAACAUUUAAAGGCAUCGCUGUUGUCAGCAGUUGAGGACAAAAUAAAAUGGAGGCUGAAGGAGACAUUUGCUCAAGCACAGGCUGAAAUGGAUGUUUUGUAUAAAACACAGGCAGACUUGCUGAAGGGUAAAGAUAAACUGGAAACAAUGAUCAAAGAUUUGGAAAAAGAAAAGUCGGAGAUAGGAGCAAAUAUCAUUUUAUUGAAACAGAAGGACGGUGAAGUUAAAGAGACAUUAUCUCGCCUGGAGAACCAAGAGCAGAUAAAUAUUGAUGAUGCUGUUGUUACUACUGCACCACUUUAUAGACAAUUAUUGAAAGCAUUUGCAGAAGAGCAAGCCAUAGAAGAUGCUAUCUACUAUCUAAGUGAAGCGUUACGGAAAGAUGUGAUAGAUCUAGAAGUCUUUUUGAAGAGAGUUCGAGAGUUGUCAAGGAAACAGUUCAUGUUACGAGCGUUGAUACAAAAAUGUCGGGAGAAGGCUGGAUUACCUCCCUUGGCAUGAGUGUAGAAAUAUUAACUAGACUAUAUUAUGAUGUUGAUCACAUAUACAAGAGUGUGAUAUUUGUUGACCAAAAAUUACCCAAGACUUGACAACACCUGUGACAUGUUUAUAUAUAAAUAGUAUACAUGUAUCUGAUAAUUGAUUUCACUAUUGGGACAGGAAUAAAAGCAAUGGGAGUGGGGCUGGAUGUAUUUUAUUUUUUGUUAAUGAUUACGUGUGUCAUUUAAAUGAUUUGUUUUAUAUACAAAUCUUCUGUUUGAAAAGUUUAAAUGUUUUAUUUUAUAAACAUAUAAAUAUUAGUUGAAUUGAAAAAUUUAGGGUUUCUUUUUUUUCGUAAGAUACCCAUAAUUAUGUUUUCUUUACCAGUGAAAAAAAAUAAAUUUAUUUUCAAAAUGUAUUCUUGGUAAAAAAAUAUAACAGUACAAAAUCUUUAUUGAUAAUAUAUCUCAAGUUAUCCCCUUACCUGUUAGAAGGAAAGUAAUUAACCUUUGCCACCAGUAUAGAGCCAGACCAACCUGUACAUCCUUGCAGUCUUACCAGGCUCCAUACUAUUGGUUAACUUUAAAUUUUCAUCUUGAUCUCCCCAAAUUUGAUAAUGGACUGUUCAAAAAAUGGAAGCUGGAUAAGUCCAUUUAAGAAAUUCCAGUUAAGUGAUUAUGUUAGGGAUGCUGUGCAUGUUGCUUUUUGUGGGCAUAUUAUUAUUGUAAAUGUGCUCCCUUUUCUCACUGCAUAUAAACAUGUAAAUAUGCUAGUCUUUUAUUUUAAUUUUUGUUUCAAAUUUCAUUAUACUUUUUAUAUAGGAGGACAUUAAAUUUCUAGAGGGUAGAGAAAUAACAUAGGUAACAAUGUCUAUUUUGGGUGCUUUCUUACAUCACAAGUUUUAGAAAAUUUGUGGUAUUAUCUUCAAGUAUUACACAAUGUAAGAUGCAUGUCAGAAAUCAGUAUAGAACUAUGAAAUACAUGUAUAUAUGGUGGUCUACCAAGUUUUUAGUUGCAUCUGGUCAAUCUAUAGUUUCUUAUGACAUUUAAACAAAGUGCUACUUCCACCUAAAUUUAAAAUAAAUUUGAUAUAACAUUAUAUCAAAAUCAUCUAUAAUUGGAAGAUUUUCAUAGCCCAUCUUGCGGGUUCUUAUUUCAACGUGUAGUAAAAUGUAGUAGCCCUCAAUAUUACAGGACAAUUAUAUUUCAAAUUUUAUUUUAUUUUUUUAUGAAGGAUUGGUAUGUUAAUAAUUGUAUGAAUAUCUAAAUUAACUACUAUUCAUGUAUUUUGCAUGAAUAAAUGAUUAAUAUCAUAUACAUUUGUAACAGUCUCUUAUUUUUAAGAGGUUUGAUGAUUUUUGGUUAGUGGUACUUAAUUUGUUACUGAGAUAAUGUAGUAGAUUUCUUUUUCAAAUGGUAUAGUUGUUAUGGAAGGUAUAUUUGCCAUCAAAAUGUCUGCACUUUUUUGUUCGUACUAUUUUUACCCCCAAAAACUUUCUGUGUAUGUAUACUAAAUGAAGAUGUUAUUGUUAAUUUAUGUGUAUAUAUUAAAAUUUUUAUAACAAA